CAUUGAUUCCUGGGGCCGGCAUUACAGAUUCAGGAGAGAAAUUGGGCAGGGGUCCUUUUGAAGUCCCCAAGGCUCCUGCUUCCGAUGGGACCGACGUGUCCUAUCCCUCGUAGUCACAGAAUUUUCUGCUGAGUGCCCGGCACAACAAUCUGUUUGAAGCGUUUGUUUCUGAGACUGAGAUUCCAAUUGCUGACAUUGGUUUCGACUUGACCCCCUGGGUAGAGAAAGGAUUCAGUGUGGGUGUGCUGCGUCAGGCUGAAAUUGGAUGGUGGUUUCUGUUUGAUUGCUUGAAGAAGGAAAGUCUGAAAACUAUGGCUAGGCACGCUGGUUCCCCCAGCAAGGCGUUCCGAGUGCUCAAAGAUCACUUCCUACCGUUGAGCCAGAGUCAGAUUCGUGUGCAAGAGGAGAAACUCAAGUCAUUGCGCAUGCGUUCGAAUGAGAAUCCCUCCAUCUUCUUUACAUCUAUGAGAGAGACGCUUGGUGUGCUUCAGAUGCUGGAAGUUAAGAAAGAUGACAGAGAGGUAUGCAAUCUGAUGCUCGAGGGAUUGUCACAUGAGUAUAAGACCCUGCGUGAACCUCUGGUGGUGUUCUGUCCGAAUGACCCGUCGUUCAUAGAGACUAAAGUGCGUGAGAGGUAUCUCGACUUGCUGACUCAACCUGGUCCGAAGAAACACAGUGUUGCACUCAUGUCUAGACCUGUGAGGAAGAGUGCGAAGAAGCAGAACCAGAAGUCAAAGUCUAACUCCGAGUCUGAUUCGUCUAAGAAAAAGAUUUUUCAGGGGAAGUGUUUCAAGUGUGGGGAGAAGGGUCACUUGAAGAUGGACUGCCUGGCUCGUGUGAUAGCUCAUCCCUCUCAGACCGGACCAUCCGAGGACGACAAGGAUGAGAACGGUGAGAAGUCUGACUUGGUGUUGUUGUUAUCUCAAGCCAACUCGAGCGAAUGGAGUGGUGGCAAGUACAUUGCAGCAAUGUAUGCCAAAAUCAUGCAGAAGUGGCAUGAGUGCCGUGGUAGCAGUAGAAAUGAUGCUGUUUUGGAACACCAUGAUACCAUGUAUCUUGAAGCGUUGUAUACCGAAGCAGAGGAUGAGUUGAAGAAGUACGUCGGCAGUGACCGUGUUGUCCGUGAUUCUAUUCGCGAACACUCCACUCUUACGAAGAAGGAUAGAUGCAUCGAAGAUUGGUAUGCGGACACGGGUACAGCUUUCCACAUGACAGACUCUCUCUCUUGCAUGAAGGAUGUGAAACCUUGCCACAAGAAAGUAAAAGGAAUUGGUGGCGUAACUUGUGAGGGAGGGCAGGAAACGGGGGAAGUAGAGUCCGAAGAUCCGGGAGAGCAUGAUGAAGUAGAGUCGGAGGAUCCGGGAGGGCAUGAAGAAGAGUCUAUGGAUCAGGGAGGGCAGGAUACAGAGUCGGCGGGGCCGGGAGGGCAGGAAGUAGAGGUGGAGGCAUCUCCUCCAGCCGCUCGCCGUCCGCAGCAUGUCGUUGACCUUGCUGAUUUUAAUACUGCUUCGCGUGAUGCAGUAGAAUUGCCGAAAGAGCUCAUUCAGGACGUAGAGCCAGAGCCUGGUAGCUAUCAAGAAGCUCUGCGAUCGAAGCAUGCCACGAUUUGGGAUAAAGCCAUGUCUGCAGAAGUUGAAGGCUUGAUACGAGCAGGAACGUUCACGUUAGCAGCAAAAAUCCCAGAAGGUUGUAACGUGAUUGAUGCUAGAUGGGUUUUCAAAUGGAAAGCAGACGAAACAGGAAAGAUAGUAAAGGCCAAGGCUAGGCUUGUAGCGAAGGGCUUCAAGCAGAAGCAUGGGGUGGACUAUCUUGAGACUUUCUCGCCUACUGCAAAUGCUGCAUCGAUUCGAUUGGUAGUAGCAUUGGCGUGCAAGUAUAACUUGGAAUUACUCCACUUAGACAUUGAGCAAGCCUUUGUUCAGUCGAAAUUGGAUCACGAGGUGUUCAUGAAGUUGCCUCCUGGCUGUGAUUCGAUGUCAGGAAAAAUUGUCCGUUUGAACAAGAGUUUGUACGGUUUGAAGCAAGCAUCUAGAACAUUUUACAAGAGGCUCGUGUCGGACCUGCUUCGGAUAGGUUUCGAGCAGUCUCUGUCUGAUCCCUGUGUCCUGCGUUUCAUGAUGGGAGACGAGGUGAUGGGUAUAAUCGCGAUUCAUGUGGAUGACAUUCUGUAUGCAGGAACGAAGAGGCUUGCCGAGGUGAUUGUAGAGGCACUAGGUGACUCUCUUCCUACGAAGAAUUUGGGAGAAGUCAGAUUCUUUCUUGGUUGCGCAUUUAGUCGCGACCGCGAGGCUGGCACGAUUGAGAUUUCUCAAGAGAGUUACAUCAGGAGUGUUCUAGAGAGAUUCAAUAUUUGUCGCACCAGCUCGAUCCCCGCUUCCCCUGCCAACGAUAGCAGGUCCGUGAUGGAGGAUGAGGAGGCAGGAGAUGUGCCGUUCAGGGAAGUGGUGGGAUGCCUGAUGUGGAUCGCCAACAAUACGAGGCCAGAAACUUCGAACGCUGUGCGGACGGUGGCGAGACACUCUCACGAGCCCAAGAAGAGUGACUGGAAGGCAGCCCAGAAGAUUUUGAGUUAUCUUAAGGAAACGGCAUAUCUAACUCUGAAGUACAAGCAGGACACUACGGUAGACGUAGGCACGUUAGUGUACGUAGACGCUGACUUUGCCAGCAAGGCCACUGACCGUAGAUCAGUUUCUGGAGCAUUAGUUCUUGUAGCUGGCUGUCUUGUGUCUUGGUUUUCUUGGACGCAGAAAUGUGUCUCACUGUCAACUUCUGAACCAGAGUAUAUUGCGAUAGGUGACGUCGUUAAGGAGGCUCUCUUUGUGAACGGGAUGCUUCAGUUCUUGAGACCUAAGAAUCCGCUUAGCUCGAGUAGGAGUAAGCACAUUGACGAGAGGCACCACUUCCUUAGGAAUUUGACGGAGGAGGGCAUGAUCGAGGUCACCCAUGUCCCAAGCAAGGAGCAGCAUGCUGACAUCCUCACAAAGGCUCUACCGAGAAACCUUUUUGAAGUUCACCGUGACUUUGUCUUUGGCUCAGUAGCUGAGCAGUAG